AGACAUGCAUGUCUUUUAGAAGAUUGAUAGAGGAGUCAACAGUCCUCUGACAUGCUUGUCUUUCACAAAAUGGAGUCAACAGUCCUCUACUCUGUAGCAACGAUGUUUGCCCUGUCAGUGCUGAUACUAUUGUGUACAGCAAGUGUUACUCCUCCUGAAACAAGCAGUGAAGCUACUGGCAAUGCUCUGACCUGCUCAUGUUCUCCCAACUUUUUCCACAACUGUGUGAACGGACAAUGCAAUGCUACGGAAACGGACAUGUUUGGCUGUCGUAUAUCAGUCGAGUAUUACCCACUAGAGGAUAUUCACCGCGUGUACUACUUCUGUGUGAGGAGUGAUAUUGAUUAUUUCACAAACUGCGGAGGAGGAGGGGCUUCUGGUGAUGUCUUCUAUAGAUAUCUUGGUGAUAAUGGAGAUAUUGAGAUAUGCUGUGUCAAUGGCAGUGACUGUAACACUCGCCAGCUGUAUGAGCAGUUACGGCCCACACCCACUACCACAUCAACCACCACCACGCCCACCGCCACACCCAUCACCACACCUAUUACCACACCCACUACCACGCCCAUCGCCACACCUACUACCACAUCCACUACCACAUCCACUACUGCCACAGAAUUAUCAACUGUGGAGACUACUAUGGCGACCACUGCGUACAGUACAGAUGAUGAUGUAACCACAGAAUUAUCUACCGUGGAGACGACUAUGGCAACCAUCACAGAUAAUGGAGGUACAACAAUAUUAGCAGGCACGGAUGCUAACAGUGUGUCGAGCGUUCAUGCACGUCCGAUACUGAGUACUGUCUACAUAGCAGUUUGUAUUUCCAUGUUGAAAGUAUUUUGAUUUGCUGUGUGUACAUGUCAACAAACAUUAAAUGAUUAUAAGAGUAUCAUUGAUCAGUACUAUCAAGGGCGUAUAAGAGAAGACUCGAGAGGGCAUGCAACAGUCCACGAGCAAAAACUGAAUGGGCGGAGUAAUGUUACUGGAAAGUACAGUAAUAUCUAAAAAUAGAUUUCUGUUAAAUGGAGUUUGGUGCAAAGUACAGGUAUAGCUGAUAGCUAUAAAUAGAUCGAAUGCAGUUUUUGCUCGCACGUUGGACUAAUAGUGAGUUGCAUGCCCUCUUCUCUUAUACGCCCUUGGUACUAUAGACUACUCUUGAAAUACUGUUGCGAUGCUGAUUUUGUAUUGUGUUUUGCGCAUGCGCAAUCUCAUUGGCAUGUGGACUACCACACACUUGACCACUAACUAAUGAUAUCAUGUCUUCCCCGUUUCAUAAGUUUCGUGUUCCUGAGUCAAUGUGCAGAUUAUAUAAAUAUCUACGAGAGAACUGGAGCUAAAGCUAAGAAGGUCAACAUGUGGAGUGGCUGUCUUUCGUUGCUGUUGAUAUUUCUCACAUCUCUACCGUCAGCUACUCAAGCUGUGUGCUGCAAGUCGACUUUUUCAAUAUUUAGCACCACUUGCUGUGAUGACUUGUGUGUUGCAGAACGUGGAUUAGAUUACCUAUCAAACGAACCAAUUACAAAUUACUACUGUUUGAACAAGAACGCCAACCCUCACUGGAGAGAAUCUUGCAGUGGACAGCGAGAUACGAGCACGAAUGUUGUACAAUGCUGUAUUAGUGAAGCAAACUGCAACACUCAACUAUUCCCUCGUCUACCCAGUGAACCCAGUGAACCCACAGUACCAACAAACGUACCAACAACCAUUGCAUCAACAAAUGAACCAAUAGCCAUGGCAUCAACAAAUGAACUAACGACCAUUGCAACAACAAAUGAAACUGCCGCAACAACUUCACCGACAGUCAUUUCACAGUCUACUAAUGAAGACUCUACCACUGAAGAAUACGUCUCGUCCACAACCAAUGAUGCUGCCACUGCAAGCACCACAGCAGAGGGCAAUUUGAUAGAGUGUGAGAAGAGAUUUGAAGGAGUUCCAUUAAAUGGACACCCUGGAUAUUGCCUCGGGAAGCGUUGCUAUGUGGAACUGAAUCGAUUGGGUAACUCACGAGUGUGGGGCUGCGUGGAUGAAAGGUUUAUCAACUGCUCUGCUUAUAGUGAAUCGAAGGUCGUUUCUUGUUGCUCCUCUUUUAAUCGUUGUAACAACUUCCUGAGCCCAAUGUUUCCGUCAGAAAGUACUACCACUAUGGGGACUGGAUCUACAACGCAGCAGACGUCACCGGUCAGUGCAGGCAAUAUUUCCGACAAUUCUCUCGACUUUAUGUUCAUUCUAUUGAUCGUUUUAGUAAUUGUUGCUGUGUUGUUACUGAUCGGCAUAGCAACGUUUGUUACGUACAUUUUAUGGAGAAAGUACAAUGAAACGAAAACUGUCAUCAGUGACUUCACAAGCCCAUGCCCAGAAUCACCGAGUGAUGUAUUGUCAUCAUUGGGUUCUAGUGCAGCAGAUUUGGACACCACUACUGAAGUUAAAAAGGAUAUUAUUUCAGUAUAGCUCUUUAAUUAAUGUUUUUUGUUUUUCCGUUUAAAUAUCUUGUUGUGUUCUAUGUCUCCCCUUUGGUCUGCCAGCAAUUUUUUUUUUUUUUUUUUUUACAGGUCAUUGUUUUAAUGCAUAGUUUGUCACUAGCUAUAGCAUAUCACAAGUCUACCCAUACAUGCUAUACAUUUAUUCCAAGGAA